AUGUCGGCGCUGCGCUCAUCGCCGCGCAAACGCAGGUCCAGCAGCGCCGCCGCCGCCAUCGAUGCCGCUUCGCUGCCUCCAUCUCCACCCGGCUCGACCUCAUCCACCGGCAAAGCCAGCGUUACUUCCAGCAAAGCUGCCGUCGCCCCCGCCACCAAACCGAAGCGGACGCCACGGCGGCAGCGAGACGAGUCGGUUGAUGAAUCCGAGCUCGACUGCCUCGCCUGUCCGCCCCCCGGCGCCGCCCCUCCCACUCCGGGCCCUGGCGCCACAGCGGACCGCGAGACGUGGGUGAGCUGCUCGCACUGCAAGCAGUGGUUCCACUGCAUCUGCGUCCGCCUGCCCAACCCGCAGGACUAUGCCAAGUGGUACUGCCCGCCGUGCAUCGCCGCCAGCGUCGCCAUCCACGCCGACGCUUCCAAGCAGCUGCGCAACGUCGAGCGGCCGCCGCCACGGAAGAGCAAGAGAGCUCGCCUCGAGGUCGACUACGCCGCCAUCCAGGAGGGCAUGCCUGCCGACCCUAUUGGCAGGUGGCGCCGGCUGCUCGACAACGCCGACGUCAUGCCCGACCGCUUCCGCAGGAUGAAAGGCUCCGAAUGGACAAUCGACUGGCUGCUCCGCGACGACAAGGCCCUCAGCGAGCCCGUGCUGGUACCGGCGCGGCAUCGCGCCUCUACAGUAGCAUCGUCGCAACCGGCCAAGGGCAGGAGUCAUGCUCAUGGCACCGGCGGCAGCUCCGUCAAGCCUGAGAGGACAGCAGCAUCACCGACGACCUCGAAGUCGUCGGCAGAAGGGCGGCCGACGACGCCCUCGUCAUCUUCGAUCAUCUUCGAGCCCGAGACCACCUCGAUCCCCGGCAUGCUGGUGCCGCCGUCGUCGAUGACCAUCGCCGACAUCGCCGGGUUGAUCGGGCCCGAUACGCCCGUCGAGGUCAUUGAUGUGGCCACGCAGUCGUCGUCCAAGGCGUGGACGCUGUCGGCGUGGGCCGACUACUGCGCCCUACCAAAGGAGCGGAGGAAAAAGGUGCUCAACGUCAUCAGCCUCGAGGUGACGGGCACGCCCAUGGAGCGGCUCGUCGAGGCGCCGCAGCUGGUGCGCGACGUCGAUUGGGUCACGCGCGACUGGCCCGCCGCCAAGCGAGGGCCCGACGCCCGCGAGCACAGCUGGCCAAAGGUGCAGCGCUACGUCCUGAUGGGCGUCGAGGGCGGCUACUCGGACUGGCACGUCGACUUUGCCGGCAGCAGCGUCUACUAUCACGUCGUCUACGGCCAAAAGACGUUUCUGUUUGCGCCGCCCACGCCCCACAACCUGGCCGCCUACCGCACGUGGUGCAGCUCGACGCGCCAGGACUUUGACUGGCUCGGCGACCAUGUCCAGGGCCUCCGCCGCGUCGACAUUAUGCCCGGCGAGACGAUGCUCAUCCCCAGCGGCUGGCUCCACUCGGUCUACACGCCCACCGACACCCUCGUCGUCGGCGGCAACUUCCUCACCGACUGGAACGUCGAGACGCAGUGGAAGCUCGUCGAGAUCGAGGAGCAGACAAAGGUGCCGCGCAAGUUCCGCUUCCCGCACCUGCGGCGGCUGACCUGGUACGUGGCCAAGGGAUGGGCGGAUCGGCUAGGCUUCCUCCGGGUGGGCGAGGGCGAGGCCGGGGACGAGGCCGGGGACGAGGACGAUGGCGGGGAAGAGGAGCAAGGGGACGACGUCAAUGCCCCGGCCUCGUCGCAACCGCAUGCGUCCGAGCCCGACGACGCCACGCUCGUCGAGCACCUGCCACCGCGCCGCGUUCUGCUCAACCUGCAGCGGCUGCUGACGACGCUGUCCGACGACAUCGACCUCGUCCUCGACCCGUACGAGGCCGACGAGAAGACGGCCAAGCUGAAAAAGCAGGCCAAGGACGCAAUACCCCACGACGCCGUCGGGUCGGUGCAGGAGGCGGCCGCGCUGGUUCGGCUGGUCGAGCGGCGGUGCGAGAGGGGUCUUGAGCUCGUCGAUCGCGUCGAGGCGCUACGGCGGAAGAGGAAGGCGGGCGGCGCGCGGAUCAGUGGCGGCGGCACGGCUAGCCCCGGGCCGAAGAACACGAGUCCACGAGGACGGCAGGGCAGACGCCAGCACAAGCUGGAAGGCAACGUCGGCGGCGAUGACGAGGAGGCGAGAGCAACGGCAAAUGGCGUGGCGGCAGCCGUCGUGGACGCAUCGACGCUGGAUCCGCUGGCCUUUUGUUGGUGA